GUCCUGUUUCCAUAUCAUGGAUGUUUGCAAGUUUCGUCCCAACCCAUGCAACGCAGCGAACCACAAUAAAACAUCAGUCAUGAGACCGGUUGCCUCAGGCAAUGCUGCUAACCUCUCCGCUGGGUUCACCAAAAUUGGCAAUGUCAGGAGUCAGGCUUUAACAACUUCUGGGCAUACAGUUAUUCACCAUGGGAUCCCAGUGCAGGCAGGAACUGCUCCUUUUGGUUGUAAUGAUGCUUUUCAACAGACCCUGAUACUUUGUCCCCCAACCCUACAAGGAAUCCCACCAAAUCAUGGCAAGCCCACAAGUUACUCUGUGAGAGUAGAUAACGCCUUACCCCUAGUUAGCCAGGCUCCGGCCAUUCAGCCCCUACAGAUACGACCAGGUGUCCUCUCACAGCACACAUGGUCAAAUGGAACACAACCAAUAUUGGUUCCCGCCUGGCAGCAGGUGACAACUGUGACGCCAACAACAACAACCUUUGCCUCCGAUACCAUGGCUGGACCACAGAGGCUGGGAGACUGGGGGAAAAUUAUUCAGCACGGAAACCAUUACAGUUCCAUGAUUCUUCAGCCUCUCCUAACCAACCAAAUGGCGCUGUCAGCCCCUCAGCCUAUCAGUUUAGGCAUCGCACAUGUGGUGUGGCCUCAGCCUGCUGCUACUAAACGAAAUAAGAUCUGUCAAAACAGGAGUAACACAGUACAGGACUCCAGUGUCGUCCACAGUAAAGCACUUGCCUCUCCAAAGAUAUCAAACAGCGCAAAGACCACAGAGUCUGAAAGUUGUGCAUUACCACAGGACAAUCAGAACCUGGAGGCGCAGGAGGAAGGAUCUUGUAAGGUGUCUGAGGAGCCGGCCCCAGAUGUGUCAAGUCAGCAGAGGCAAGAGAUUGUCAUAGCGGAUUCCCCAAGCCCCACAGCCAGUGUCAUUACGAUUAGCAGCGACACGGAUGAGGAGGAUUCAGCACAGACUCACUCACUGAGAGAAUGUAAAGGCAGCCUGGAUUGUGAGGCAUGUCAGAGUACUCUGAAUAUUGAUCGGGUCUGUUCCUUGAGUAGUCCAGACAGCACCCUAAGCACCAGCUCCUCAGGGCAAUCCAGCCCCUCUCCCUGCAAAAGACCCAACAGCAUGUCGGAUGAUGAGCCUGAGAGUGGCUGUGACACUGUUGAUGGAUCCCCAAGCUCUGAUUCAUCUGGCCAUGACAGCCCAUUUGUCAAGAGCAGCUUUGUGACGGAUACCAACCAGAAUGCAGAAAAACGGACAUCAGAGAAAACUGAAAGUAAACCAGCAGUGUGCACGUUAGUGGUCCCACCUAUCCGGAUUGAAAACCGCAAAUUCAAUUCCCAUCGGGCUACCAACAAGGAUCCGGCCUGCCAUCCCUUAAUAAAAGGACGUUCAGCUCCAGGGAGAAAGAACCAUCCUGCAGGCCUUGGGAAUCGCCAGCAGAAACUUACAUCAGCAUUCCAACAGCAGCCUCGGAGUUACAGUCAAAUGCAACAUUUUGGAACGGGACACCAAGAAUGGAAUGGAAACUAUGGGCACAGGAGACAGCAGGCGUUUAUCGCACCAACGGUUGCCAGUCAUCAUUUCACCCUUCAACAUGGAAGCCCAAAUCACAGUGCCGUGCAUGCGCAUCUUGGCGGUCAGCACGCCAUCCUUUCAUAUCCACCCUCCGCUCCGGUGACCACAGUAGCACCCGUGGCCCACCUCCUGGCGUCGCCGUGUACCUCAAGGCCGAUUUUACAACACCCGGCUUACAAUCUCUCUCAUCCCAGCGGCAUCGUUCAUCAGGUGGCAGUGGGUAUCAACCCCAGGCUUUUACCUUCUCCCACCAUCCACCAGACUCAAUACAAACCGAUUUUCCCAUCCCACUCAUACAUUGCUGCCUCCCCGGCCUAUACAGGAUUUCCGAUGAGCCCCACGAAACUCAACCAGUAUCCGUACAUGUGAGAAACCCGCAAAGGAAGCUCAAAGAUUCAAUCACUUGGGUUUGAAGCGGAACGAAAACAAAACAUUGAUAAAAAAAAACAACAAACAUGGCUUUUUGAUAAUGGAAAAAAAAAUCAAAAUCAAAAAUAAUUUGGCCAUGGCACAAGAAAAAAUAUUUUUUGAAUCAUGUAAGACUUGGGUGCAAUUUAAAACAAUCUUGAGCUUUAAGAAAAAAAAAAUUUGAAAAAGAUGAAAAUUCACUUUUAAUGUGUUUUUUUGCACAUUUGGUAUAAAAUCGUCUCUGGUCCUGUUCUCUUCUAUAGUAACUCUAAGACAGGUGACUUACGGGAGCCAGAAGUUCACUUUCUCUCCUGCUAUUUUUUUAUACAAUUGCCUUCUAACCUAGUGCAAGACACGUCUUUGGGAAGCCAUUCAGCAUACAGGUUUAGCGCAACAAAUGCACAUAAUGUCAGUAGUACGGUGUACGUCGUGUGCGUCGUUUCCGUUCUCGUAUGUCUUGGUGUUUGUGUCGGGUCACAUGGCUACUGAGUUUGAUGUUCACACUGCAUGUGUCUUUUGCAUGGGCAGAAGAAGAAAAAGAAAAAAAAAAAAAAGUUGCCUAGACCUUGCUAUUUCGUGUCGUCGUCGUCCUAAUAAUCCGCUGCAUUGUAAACUGUUCCCACACAUAGUGCCUUAAAUAUUUGAGGUUGUUAAUGUUAUUACUUAAUAUAUUAAUGUCAAUUUCAGCACUUAAUCUUCUAAUCUGCUGAUAUAUAAAUAUCUAUUUUUUCGAAUAACUUGAGUAUUUGAUCAGUCUAGGGGUUUGUUCAUUUUGUUUGAUCGUGUGCUCUGAUUUUUAGGUUGAGGUGUUUGACUUACCAACAGAACAGCAUGUAUUUUUUUUUCCUUUUUUAUUUUUUAAAUCUGUGUUGCUGUAGAUUUUACUGUGUUUAUUUUAAUAGUUUUUUUUUGUUUGUUUUUUGUGGGUGGGGGUGGCGUAGAUAUUUAGCGUAACCUGAAGCGCUUUUUGAAGAUCACACUUUUGGUUUCUUAGAUUUAAACGCUGACUGCACGUGCACUCCCCUCCCGGUCAUCACCCCGUUCGACGGAAACUGCAAUAUUGUCUACGAAGUGGAUUCUUCACCUUUUUAUCGUCACGGCGUUUGUCCAACGGGCUGGAUUUUUUUCGUACUCUCUAUUUAGCGGUGUAGUAAGGCAUGUUGUGGUCAGGUUUAUGGGAAGAUAACAUUAUUUUAUUUUUUCGGGUUUUUUUGGACCUUUUUCGGGCUCGGCUGAAGCUGCAGCAUCUUGCUGGGCAAUGUCUUGCAGGCGCUUUCAGCACUGAAGGAGGUUAACACUACAGCACGUGACCCCCGUUGGACAGCCCGCACAGUAUUCGAAUAUAGCGUAUCAAGAAAUAUUUACUCUAGAGGUUUUGAUGAGAUGAGUUUUUUUUUUUUUUGCUCCUUCGCGUGUGCAAUUUUAGCUUUCCUUUUUAUGCAUGUUGUUUUUUUUUCAAGUCUCCAUUUACAUUAUGUUUUAUUAGUAUUAUUAUUCAUUAUUUUUUUUUUCCUGAGUGGUGACUGCUUAUUUAAUACAUUCCGUCAGGGACAUGAAAUGAUGUGCGUAUUUUUCAACGAUUUUUAUUUUUACCAGUUUCUGCAUCGUCCAUAUCAAGUUAAUUUAUCCAGCACCAAAGACUUUGAAAAAAAAACGAAAUCAUACAUUUCUUAAAAUGAAAUGUUAAAAAAAGAGAAAAAAAGAUAUAUAUAUAUAUAAAAUAAAUGGUAGCUACAUUUUUUUAAUUUUUUUUGCAUAGACCUAAAUUAUACUGUAGUAUAGUGGUGGGCUUUAAGAAAAAAAUGGUAUUAAGACUAAUGUUUUUAGCUUCGAGCAAGUAAUAAUUCUAUCAUUUAUCUUGAAUGUAUCAUAGAUAAGCUGCUAUAUAUAACAGACGCCACUUUUGAUAGCUGUGAACUUUAGCUUCAUAUCCCGUUUAUACAUAGUCGCCUUACUUCUGUUUUUGAGUCUAAUUCUAUAUGAAAGUGUAGUGGGGUUUUCUGAUUAUUAUUAUUAUUAUUAUUAUUUUGUAUUUCAAUUUACUUUCAUGUUUGGCGUGUCCUUUGUAACUACUGUAUUGUAAAUUAUGGAAUCCUAAUGGCAUAUGUUAUUAUUAUUAUUAUUAUUAUUAUUAUUUUUUUUUUGGAGGGGAGGGUGUUUUAUGCAUCAGUAUUUUAUCUCCAUAAAUUUUAAGCUCAUUACUGCAUAUAAAGUGGGGUGUAUUAAUGUAAGUUAAUUUUAUUUUUUAUGUUUUCAUAUUGCUGUUGUGUAUACUUUUAAAGAAGAAAAGAAAAAUAUGACGUACCUUGCAGGCUUGAUUUUAACUUUUUAUAAUCGUUUUUUUUUUUUUUUUCUUUAAAUCUGUAUCUAUAGAAAGAUAAUUAGCCAGUGACUGGAAUCAUGUAAUGUUGCAGGCCGGAAGGCAGUUUUUGGAUCUUUUCUAGCCUUUUUAUGUCGUGUAACCCAUUAAUAACGCCACUAUAUGUAUACGGCACUUGCCCUGACUAGUCCGUAAGCUAUCAUCGAUCGCUCUCGACUCCGUUAACCCUUGCAGGUCUCCGCCAGUCCUGGGUUGGUGUUAACGCAAAGCAGUGUUUUAUUUAAUGAAUGUUUCAGCAAAAAGAAAUGUGCCUAUAAGAAAAUUUUAUAAAAUAGCGAAAAUUUCAUAAAAAUACAGCAGUGUUAAUAAGAAAA